AUGAUUCCCCAGGCUGCAACCCGAGCUCAGCAGUCGUUUGCACAGGACAAUGGCUCUAACCCCAUGGAAUAUGGCUAUGCGCCUCAGGUCUCCCCAUACCCGCAGUACGACCUGAGCGCGUCAGCAUCACAGGUGUUCCAGCAGUUCUACGGCAUCAACUUCAGCGGAGACCAGGCGGUCCACGUGGUCAGCAUCAAGGCAACGAGCACGGACGCCUACAUAGACGUGUACGCCGCGCAGACCGGCUAG